UAAUAAUCGAUUCGACAUUAACCUAAAAGAGUGUUUUCUGUUGUCAAAUGUGAAGCAAAAAUUAAAAAAAAAAACUUGUCAAACACAAUGUUAAGUGGUAGCGAGUUUUAUUUAUUUGUCUCGAAGAAAGCCAGCCGGUUGUAGCAAUGUUUUCUUAAAAACUUAAGGAAACAAGGUGUUUUUGCAAUAUGGCCACUAACAAUGUAGAAAUUGACUGGCUUAAAGGUUUAGGGGUUGCCGCUGAUUUGGGUCCUUCCUUGUCAACGGUUCCAGAAAAUCAACCGGGAACAUCACAAUAUGAACAAAUGGAUAGGACAAACCUUAGUAGUAGUACCUUGAAGAGGAAUACUAAAAUGGAAUUAUCCAAAAAUGAUUUAAUUAAGUUGGUUACCUGCUUUGAAGGAGAACUCCAAGCAAGAGACAUCACAAUUGCCGCAUUAAAGUCGGAAAAAUUAAAACAAGUAGCAAAUUUGGGAAGGUAUCGACCGGCAGUAGUGGCUGACCCUUACACAGCAUUGCUUAGAGACAGUAUUGCUGAUACUAUUUCUUCUAAACCACCUUUAAGUGAAAAGGAUAUGGCAGCUGCAGCAGAAAAUCAAUUGCAAGCUUUGCAGCAGCUAGCUAUGCAGCAGAGGUGGGCUAACCAACACAUGAUGAACAUUUUGAAAGAGGCUGAAAUAAAACACAAGAAGGUAAUUCAAGAAUUAGAAGAAGAAAAAUGCAAGCAUGAACAUGAUACUGCCCAAGGUGAUGACAUAACUUAUGGAUUGGAAAUGGAAAGAACACGUUUGAGGCAGGAAUUGGAAAUGGAAAGGACUGCAAGGAAGAAAUUGGAAAAAGAAGUCAAGAGACAAGUUGAGCUUGCUGAUGAAGAAAGGGCCAGACAGAAGCAAAUAGUAUUAGUACUUUUAGCAGAGAGAAAGAAGAUUAUAGUAAAAUAUAUUGAAGAAAGAAAAAGAAGUGAAGAUCUGGCUCAAAUUCUUUCUGAGGAAAAAUCACGUAUUGAUAGUAUGGCUGAAGGGUUAGAAGAGGAGAGUAAAAAGUCAUUGCAGAUGGAAGCAGAACUUGAGAAGCAAGCACAUGAAUUUGAGGCUGAGAAGAAGAAUUUUAAGACUCUGCUUUUGUCAAAAGAUCAAAGAAUAAUGGAAAUAGAGACUGAACUAGCUAGAUUAAGAGCCGAAUGUGAUGCAAUAAGAAGUAGAAUCCAGCUAACUGAUAGUGGAACUGCUAUGAUAAGCAGCGUUGCCAAAGUUGUUCAACCUACUGCUACAGUUUCCAGUGUUCCUGUCUCAGGCCCAACUACUGGAAUUGCACAGUCUGUUACUCCUGGUCAAGCCCUCAGGCAAACUGUUAUAGCUUCUCCUUCUCCUAUAGCACCUUCAGCCAAGCUUAGCCCAGGCAUCGCGGGUAUUUCAGCUCAGGGAUCUUCCACAAUUAGACCAGUUCCGAAACCCAGUUUUCAUCCCCAUUUGCAACAGCAAACCGCGCCACAGACUCCCCCCAAAAAAAGUUCCGCGGCAGCUAGAGGAGUGCCUCCCCCUAUACCGCCAAACAAACCCGUCAUUCCCAACAAAACAGCAGCUUCAAGAAGACCCGACAGUGGCGAAUCAGAGAAAAAAAAGUCGAAUGUGGUACCUAAAGAAGGGGAUCAGUUACCUCAACAGCUGCAAACCGUUCGUUCAGGUCAGGGUAUCGAGUCGCUAGGGCAAGAGUUAGCAGAUUUCCAGCAGAUGUUUGUCACAAUGGCCACUAGCAAUAAUACAUAAAUUCAAAUUUGCGGUAAAAUUGUUUUUUUUUGGAUUAUGUAUUUCACACAACCGCUCUAGAUGUGGGUCUCAGGUCCACUUGUGAUAAUCGCUAAAAAUAAUUUCGAAUUCUUGCUGUUUGCAGUUAUCGGUAAGGAUAUAUGAACAUAUAUUGACUCAUUAGGUUAAGUAAAUUUAUUUUCAGACGUAAAUCUGUUUCUCUAAAAAAAAUUGUAAAUAACUUGUUUUAUUUAAAUAUUCGUCCUGUGUAAAUUAAGUAGAGAAGGUUCGCUUAGUAUAUUGCUUUUUAUUGAAAGCAAAUGGCGAGGGGUUACUUAAAAUUUUGCGGCCGGUCGGCGUGAUUCAAAUAGAUGGGUCCCUAUCAAGGUUAACGUAAGAUGACAUUCAUCGUAAAUAAAUUAUGGUUUCUUCGAUUGCUAGAGAAUAGCACUUUGUAAUAGGGUGAAAUGUUACUAAUUAGUAUUCAUCAAGGUAAAACAAAAUGUGUGGUAUAUAUGAUAUUAUAGAAUAAUUGUGACAAAAAUUAUUAUUACACUUUUUUUUCUAAAUAUCGGAAAAGAUUUUAGGUCGUUUGGGAUAAAUUUUCUUUACCUCAAGGUAGAAGGUUUUCCUUCACACCCUAUUCGUUCAUUAGCGUUUUGUAUAUACUAUCAUUAAGUAGUAAAAAAAAUCAGCUUUAAAAUAUCGAGAUUUUUGGAUAAGGUUUUUCAGGCAGCGAUCUUCUUUUUAAUUUAAGUCUAUCCAGAAGACGCGGAAGGAAAUGAACGAUGGGUAAAAUCAAACCGCUAAUCGCUUAACAAACCAAAGAUCAAACUUCAUCCAGUAUAAAUCCUUCAACGUUUUUCGAUAUCACUAAUAAGCUUCCCGGUAUUGUUUGUUUUUAAUAGCCGAUUUUAAACCAGUGAAAAAUUUUGCGAUAUUCUUAUUUGUGUCCAUUUUUAUGACGAUAUCGGAAUUCUACCAGUGUAGAUAAAGGUUUCAAAAACGAGAACUUAUUGUCAGUGAUUUAAGGGAUUCCAUGCUUCCAAAAUUAGUUUUAAGCGUGUAUAUAUUCCACACUUCUCUAAAAGAUGGGAGUAAAUUCGGUGGAUUAGACAUAAAAUCCCAGUGAAAUUGUAUAUAACUAUUGUAACAUAAAUUAUAAAUAAAUUGAUAUUUUUUUUAGUUUCAGGAAAGACAAAAAAUAAUUCGAUUUAAAUCUGAGUGAAAAAUAUUUCCUACACGUUGGCGUUGUAAUUUUUAUUUUGAUUUUAAUUUAAAAAAAAAUUGUAAAAAUAAAUGUGAUUUCUUAGCGAAAUAU